AUGAUUAGAUCGCUGUGGACUACGUUUCGGUUGCAUUUUUGGGGCAAUUUGAAGGAGUUUGAUUAUUGCAAUUGUGGGCAUCUAAUCAAGCUCGUAAUUCAAGUUUUGUCGGUUUUGAGAUUUUUAUUGAUUUACGAAGCAUGGAGUAUCCAGACGAGCAUCGUUUGUGGGGGUUUAGCCAACGGGGUCGUCAAAUCCAUUUUCAACCUGGGGCUCAAAAUUUCUGUAAGGGUCCCAAUAAUUGGAUCUUUCUUGGCAUGCAAUUUGAACCGGAAAGCCAGUUUCAUGAAUGAGAAAUUAAAACCCGCGAUGCUGGAAAUUGAGGAAUUCUUGGGGUUAGUAUUCAAUCUGUCCCUGAUUGAAAUCGCGUUAAUGAACGAUAACGUAGAAUUGGUUGUGACUGGCGACAAAAUGGACUUGGCCACAGAAAAGGGCGAAUCCAAAACAAGUUUAAUAAUCUCCAACCAUCGAUCCGUCGUCGACUAUCUUUUGAUCCAGUUUCUCGUGCUUUCAGGGAGCGGGAGUCUUGUUGGCGCGAGAAAACUUUUGCUAGACAGAAUCAGAAACCCGAAACUGCGUCCACCAACGCCGCAUGUCAGAUUUCUCACCUGGGGAAAAAUUAUUGCUUUACCGACACUUUCGUUCUUCAAAAGCUUAUUUCUGAACGAUGAGAAUGUUAGCUUACCGAGCGCCACAAUUACUAGUUUUCUUCAAAGCCGUGGGAAUCACGUCUUCGCGGUUUUCCCCGAGGUGAACAUUUUAACACCAGAAGUCCGGAUCGUGCAAAGAAAAUUGGCACAUAACCAGUUUUUACCCAGACUCGAUAACGUAUUGUACCCGCGAUUUCGCAAUUUUGUUUCCGUGGUUAAAAGCUUUGCUCAAUUGCAAAACGUUUCGAGAUCCAGAAGGAAGUACUACCUCUCCAAAGUCGCUACAGGUGUGGAUAUGGCAUUGUCAAAAGCGCGGAAGUUCAACGAUAAGUGGGAACAUGCGGGCCAAAGUCCAGAUUAUAAUUUGUAUUUAGGCUCGAACGCUGCCGACGCCGCCCAUAUCGAUAAUGAACUCACCAAGCCUCCACCUGGCCAUACUAUCCAUUUUGACCAAUUUAUUUGGGACGUUACUAUAGUUUAUUAUCGUGCACAGAUACCGGAACCCUCCCAGCAUUCACGCUUACACAUACAUGAGCGUCCUGUAUCUCAGAAAGAACCAUUUCAUUACCAAUUACAGCAAAUCACACCUUCCAUUUUACAAAUGCUCAGCUUUGGCAGUUCCGUAUCCCCUAUCAUCAUUCGAGCAAAUAUCUCGAAAUAUCCGUUGUCCAGGUUAACAAGCAUGCGGGACCGGAAGCUCGAAAAUUGGUUGGAAAACCUGUGGUGUAAAAAGGAUUUGGAGAUUGCCGAGUUGCAAAGAGCGUUUAGAUUGUCAUGA